AGUGGAGGAUAGACACAGCACCACGGCAUGGCUGCAGAUGGGGGUCGGGAUGUGAUCGCGCUCACUACAGACCAGCUCUCUGCCGACCGUGUGUCUCAGUCGGUGACGUGUCCCUCCUGUGGGGCCGUGUCUCUGUUUAUCGGAACCACCAGGGAUCAUUUCGAGGGAAAGAAAGUGCUGCGUCUCGAGUACGAGGCGUACGCUCCGAUGGCGGAGUCCGAGCUCCGGAAGAUCUGCGGCGAGAUCCGGACCAAGUGGCCGAGCGUCAGACACAUCACCGUACAGCACAGGCUUGGUGUGGUUCCUGUGACGGAAGCCAGCGUUCUGAUAGGGAUCUCCUCGCCGCACAGAACCGAUUCCCUGGAGGCGCUCAAGUACUGCAUUAACACGCUCAAAGCCACCGUGCCCAUCUGGAAAAAGGAAAUAUACGAGUCUGGAGAGCCUCGCUGGAAGGAGAACAAGGAGUGUUUGUGGGCGGAUGCUGGGAAAGAUCCCAAACAAAGCUGAGCCGUUAACUAGCCAGCGAGUUUUAUUGAAAAAAUACAAAGCUCAAAGUUUUCCUGUAACACCUGAUGAAACAAAGCUUUUAAUCAAAACAUCAUACUUUUUCUCUUGAAUAGAAAGCGUCUAAAAAGUAGUACCAGUGCAAAAACAUCAUGUAAACAUUAAGGGAAAUCCUCAAAGACUUCCGAAAAACGUCACAUCAGUAGAAGAUCACCCUGAAAUCAUGUAGUAUUGUUUGAAACACAUGUUUGACAUUUCACAAUAUUUAACCACAUCGUGUGCCCCUGUUAAGCCACUUCCAAUACUGUGAAUGUAAACGCUCUGUGACCAUAAAUCAAGUUACUGUCUCCUAAAAUAAAGAACGGACUCUA